AUGGCUUUUAAAUCCGGAUUAAGCUAUGCAGUGCUUUUGUUCUCGCUAGCUCUAUUCAACUUGGUCCAUAUUGUCGAAGCACAAGGUCAACCAGAAGUAACCUACACUACGUUUCGCAACUUCCCUUCUCGACUGUUUUUCUUCGACGACGCACCGGCUUCCAUAUAUUUUGACUCAAUAGACGGAAUAGUUUACGUGUCGCAAGAUGAAGGGAAGAGUUGGAAGGAAGCAGACAUCCCCAAAGGCGAAGCAUUGCAGGUUAUCGAGCAUCCUUCCGACAACCAAUAUGCUUUCGUACUGACGAAGGGCACGAAACACUAUCGAACUUCGAACCGAGGUCAAACCUGGCAAUCAUUUGAGAUGCCUGUACCGCCUUCAUAUGUGCCCUUCCCACUAUCUUUCCAUUCCGACCCGAGUAAUUUCGGAUAUAUAUUGUAUCAGGGCACCAAAUGUGUCAGAUCCACGUUUGGUUGGGGCUCUAUCUGCCACGACGAGACAUACUAUACUACGGAUGCUUUUUCGACAACUCCGGACCUCUUGCUGUCGGAAACAUCACGUUGCCAAUUUGCCCACUCCUCAAAGGACUUCAAACACGACGCACAUCACGAUCUCAUAUACUGUGUUGCUUUCGAUACAACGUCAAGCACGGGUACUCAUUCGCUCUCGUCGUCACGGUUGUUCGCAUCCACGGAUUUCUUUAAGAAUGAUCAACGAACCGUCGAUUUAGGCAUUGGCAAGAAUGCGCGUGGUGUUCUCGCGUUCGCCAUCGUCUCCAAAUUUGCUGUGGUCGCUCUCAAGGACCUUGCAGGUUCAGGUGAUAUGUUGCUCUACGUUAGCGUUGAUGCGCAAACUUGGGCGCGUGCUCAUUUCCCUCACCAAUCAAGCGCACAAUUGCGGGAGAAUGCAUACACGAUUGUCGAAGGAACGACGCAUUCUCUUGGUGUUGACGUCCUGUUACACGCCCAGGCCACAAUUGGCACGUUCUUCGUUAGCAACUCCAACGGCACCUACUUCGUCGAAAGUUUGCGCGACACAAAUCGAAAUGACCUCGGAUUCGUCGAUUUUGAAAACAUCUAUGGGGUUGAAGGUGUCGGGAUUGCGAAUGUCGUCGCAAACGCACAAGACGUGGAAGGACGAGGUGUUCCGAAGCAACUUCAGAGUCGUAUUACUUUCGACGAUGGUUCGACCUGGACUCGCUUAACUCCACCCGACCGUGAUACAUCCGGUUCAACCAUCGGAUGCAACCCAAGCGAUCAGGAUGCAUGUUCGUUACAUCUCCACAGCGUUACUGCACCGCACAACUUCGGGCGCAUUUUCAGUUCGCCUGCUCCAGGCCUUGUCCUUGCUGUGGGUUCCGUCGGACCAUACCUGAAACCAUACGAAGAAUGUGAUACCUUUCUGAGUACCGAUGCCGGAAUUACCUGGAAAAUGGUAUCACGGGAAGCACACAAGUACGAAUUUGGUGAUCAGGGUAGUAUCAUGGUACUCGUGAACGAUGAAGAUGGCGUUAAUGAAGUACGCUAUACAAGCGACCUCGGACGCUCUUGGACGACACUCACGCUUGACCAUCGGUUCCGAGCUCGUGCAUUAACAACCGUACCGGAUUCGACAUCUCAGAAGUUCAUGCUUGUCGGACAGCUAGCCCGAAAAGAUCAGACGGGUGACGGUCGUUUUGUUGUCAUAUACCUUGAUUUCGCGCCGACGCGUAAUCGUCAAUGUGGUGAUAACGACUUCGAAAGAUGGUAUGCGCGUAGUGGUAGCAGCAGCGAAUGCAUCAUGGGGCACAAGCAAUGGUACCGCCGUCGCAAGCCCGAUGCCGACUGCUACGUCGGACACAAGUUCGACGAUCCAGUUGAGCACGAAGACAACUGUCCUUGUACAGAUGCGGAUUACGAAUGCGACUACAACUUCAUUCGCAACGGUGAUCAAUGCGUGCCAGCAGGACCAGAACCAAUUCCAGCAGGCACCUGCAAUGAUCCGAACGGCAAGUACAUGGGAUCAUCUGGAUACCGUCUCAUUCCUGGGAAUACUUGCGACCAGAGCCGUGGAAAGAAAAAUGAUAAUCCUGUUGAGAAAGAUUGCUCUCAAGCACAACCGGAGGAAGGUGAAGUCACUCACCAGACUUUCGAAUUUGCAUCAGAGAUCGCACAGUAUGCUUAUUUCAAAGAAUCAACUACCAUUCUCGUACGCCUCCACGACGGUAGUAUCUGGCAAUCGAGCAACGAAGGUUAUUCAUGGAACCAACUCUUCCCCGACGAACGAUUCGUUGUCUUCUACCUCCACACUUAUUCCCACGACCGCGGUUAUCUCCUCACAGCAUCCAACAAAUUCUACUACACAACCGACACAGGGAAAAACUGGCAUUCUCAAGACGCACCAUCCCCACCAAACACCUUCGGAGCAGUAAUCAUGCAUUUCCAUCCCAAUUCCGAGUACAUCAUUUGGACAGGGGACGUAGACUGUACAGGAAAUGGGAAUAAUUGUCACUCGGAGGCGCGUUUCUCCACUGACAACGGUCGGAACUGGCAUUUCAUCGAAUCCUAUGUCCGGAAUUGCGCGUGGGCGCGCGAUAAAGAGCUUAAGAUUGAUAGCUCGCAGAUUAUUUGCGAGUCCUAUAAGGAGAAGCAGGGCAAUCAACGGCUCUUCAACGUCGAUAUUAACCCUCUGCAACUUGUUGGUGGGGCGCAGUUCUACAGGAAUAAGCAGGUUAUCUUCGACCGUGUCGUUGGUUUUGCUAAGUUCUCAGAGUUCCUUAUCGUUGCGGAGUAUCUUGAGGAGCAGAGGGCGCUGGAUCUUCAGGUCUCUCUAGACGGAAAGAACUUCGCAGCUGGUGUCUUCCCGCCGACUCUUCGGCCUCAGAACCAUGCAUACACAAUUCUCGAAUCCAGCACGAAAGCUGUAUUCAUGCACCUCACGACUUCAGAAUUCCCUGCACCAUAUUGGGGAGCGAUCAUGAAGUCAAACGGUAAUGGUACAUAUUUCGGUGUCUCAGCUGACUAUGUCAACCGGAACGACCGCGGCUACGUUGACUUUGAGAAGAUGAUUAACCUCGAUGGGAUUGCGCUUAUUAACGUCGUGUCUAAUCCUCAGGAGGCUGUCUUUUCGGGGAGGAAGAAGCUUCAGUCGAGGAUUACACACAAUGACGGUGGUACCUGGAAGCCGUUGAUGCCGCCAAGCGUCGAUUCUCAUGGACAAUCAUAUGACUGUUCUUCCACGAAGUGUGGACUCCAAAUUCACGGUUAUACCGAACGCUUCGACACUCGCGCGACUUACAGCAGCCCAUCCGUCCCAGGCCUAGUCAUGGCCGUCGGCAACGUAGGAGAAAAGCUCGCUCCAUACGGUGACAGCGAUACCUUCCUAAGCCGGGACGCCGGUUUCUCCUGGCAAGAGAUACACAAAGAUGCACAUCUUUGGGAGUUCGGAGACUAUGGCUCGAUCCUCGUCAUCGCCAACGACGAAGAACCAACAGAUCAUGUUUUAUUCAGUACGGACGAGGGUCUUACCUGGCGUGAAUACAAGUUCUCGGAGCAGGAGAAGGUCCGUGUGAAGUCGAUUGUUACGGUUCCACAGGAUACGAGUCGGCGAUUCAUACUUUUCGGGUUUUACCCUCGGUCUAUAUCGUCGGCUGUUGCUAUUCAUUUGGAUUUCUCGUCGCUGACCCGUAAACAAUGCGUUCUUGAUCCGGAAAAUCCGGGCCAAGAUGACUUUGAAUGGUGGAGUCCAGCAGAGCAACGUCAGGAGAGGUGUCUCUUCGGACGACAGACAUUGUAUCAUCGUCGCAUUCGUGACAGGAAUUGUUACGUCGGCAAACAGCAAAGGAUCGAAGAGAAGUUCGUCGAGAACUGUCAAUGCAGCGACAUCGACUUCGAAUGCGAGUUCAACCACGUUAGAAACGACGCUGGCGAAUGUGUCCUAGUUCCUGGAGCAACGCCUUUACCAGACGAUGAUUCAUGUCCAUACGGCGAAGAAUACUGGUACGAACGCACAGCAUACCGCAAGAUCCCAUAUUCUUCCUGUGAAGGUGGCCAACGCCCAGACAGAGGGACCGCACAUCUAUGUCCCGGCCUUCGAGGACACGGAUUCUUCUUCUGGGUCUUUGUCCUUUUCGUACCGAUAGCAUUAGCUGGCUUGGUAGGAUAUUGGAUCUACCGGCGUAGCGGCCUUGCAAGAGGCACGAUCCGUCUUCCUGGACCUGAUCUCCGACCUGCAUACUCUAACUCAAGCUUCCUGGACACGCUUGCUUCUGUACCAUGGUUUAUCAUCGGUCUGGCCGGCAUCGCUUGGGAGCGUAUUUCAUUAAGUUUGCCCUUCGGUCGCCGAGGCUUCCGCGCGCGCAGUGGGUACAGACACGUCCCUGUCGAUGAGGACGCGCAAGUGCUACGAUUCGAAGAUGAGGACUGA